GUCUUCUUUGCUUUUAAAAGAGCAAUCGUGGCUUUAUUAUUCUCCGUAAUUUAUAAAAAUGGCUAUUUAAACAUUAUAGUAGUUAAGAAUAUUAAACACUCUUGAUAUCCGUAGAUCGAAAUCGAGUUGUAUGAUUAUGAAAAUGGUUUUACCAACAACUACUUCAUGUGGAGUGGCUUCAAUUUUAUGCCUAAUAACAUUUGCAUUGAUGCAGUUGUUCAAGACACAACUUGGGUCAUCAAAAGGCAUGACAUUGUUGGGCGGGUUUCUUGGAUCUCAAGUUUUUGUUUUUGGGUUGACUGCAAUGAAUAAUUUUGAAAAUGUGAUCUUAGGAAGAAAUUUUCAAUCAAAAUUAUUUCCAGAAGUAAUAAUAUGUCUACUUGUUUCUAUGGUUGCCUCUGGCAUGGUUCAUAGAGUUUGUGUGACAACUUGUUUCUUGUUUUCAAUCGUGGCAUUAUACUAUAUUAACAAAAUCUCAACUUCUCGACAAUCUGCAAUAUCUCAAGCUGCUGUUAAAUCAAAAGGGAAGAAAACAAAUUAGACUAAUAAGAUUAAUAGAAAUCUUUUUAAUUACCUUUAUAAUUACCUUGAUAAUAAGGGUUUAAGAUAAUAAUUUCCAUAACAAACUAUUUUUGUAGACGAGGUAUUACUGUGUAUAAAUAUACAUAAUUUACAUA